AUGUUAUUCAACUUACCUCUUAAAUAGACCAGACAUGUAGAUAUUAUCAAGCCUGUAGAGUAGGCAAUUCUAAGUUGUUACGGAGAAGCUACACUCUUUGCUGAAGUAAUCAUUAUUUUCAUAAAAAUACAGAUUAGGGAUGUUGUCGAAAAAACAUAAAAGUUAAGAUAAAAUUUAGAUUAUGAUAAGAUCAACUUGAGUAUUGCAACUGAUCCUUUAACAUCAGAAAACUUAGAGAAUAACCUUAUUGAAUAUCUUAAGCACUUUUCUUUGCUCUUCAAACAUUUAAGAUUUGAACAAGGAGAUUAAAGAUCCCCAUAAGUUAUGUUUUAUUGGAGUGACAGCUUUGAUCAUGUAUCUAAUUUAUUUAUUAUCAUUUUUAGAAAAGAAGCACUUAGUUGAAUUCUGGCAGAUUAGAAUUGAUAUCCUAAUAUUAUAAUCUUGCAAUUAGUUAUUACUAUCAAGCAAAUAGCAAGGUUAUAAAAGAUACAGACCCUGAUCGUAAGGCAGCUAUCUCAAAACUUAGAAAUGGGUUAUGGGCAUUAGAAUAGUUAAAACAAAAUAUACAUGGACUUUCUAAAGAUUCAAUAUCAUAAUUAUAUGACUUUUCCACCUACAAUUUAUAGUUCAUAGAACAUACUGUAAUGAUCAUUUUAUAUAAUAGUUUUGUGGAUUGGCUUACAAGGCUCUAUAUUAGAAUAUGAUGUCAUCAGUAAAAACUUUUGGACUUAAUGUUGUUUGUGGAACAAUCUUUGAAGCAGCUAAAGAAUUUUCAAUUUCUUUGAAAGCAGUAGAGGGGAUGAAUACUCAAUAUUAGAAAUAAAUUGGAAAAGUAUUUAAUUGAUUUAUAAAUUUAGAAUGUUCUAGGUCUUAUGUUACCAAUGAUUUAAUUUUAUUAGAUAUGGGCAACAGUUACAGGAUGUCUUUAGAUGGGUAUAUAUCAUUACGGAAGAAUAUCAGAGGACUCUAGAGGAUAGAAUAUGGGAAAAGCUUUGGGUUUUUUGGCUAAAGCAUAAUAAAUAAUAUAACCAGUAAUUAAUGAUAAGAAUGCACAUAAAACAUUUUCACCAGAUUAACUAGAUCAAUUAAAAUAAUUGAAUUAGCAAUUAAAUUAAUUAACUACUGAAUAUAAUUACAAGAAUCAAUAAAUCUAUAAAGAAUAAUUGGUAGCUUAAGAUUUAUUGCCUUAUCCUCCUUUGUUAGAAUAAAUAAGAUUGAAACCAUUAGAACCAGCAAGUUUUAAGGAAUAAAUAUAAGGAGCAAAUAAUUUUUCAGGUUUUGUAUCAGAAGAAGCUUUGCAAUUGUCUAGAGAAAUUAAAAUGUUUGUAGAAUAAACAAGAUAUUCACUUGAAGAAUCAUUAAGAUUACUAUUUGAUUAAAAAAGUCAAGCAUAUGCAGAGAAUUAUGUCACUUUCUUUAUAGAUAUGGCAUAAUAAAAAUAACUUGUUUAAGGAGGGAUUCCUUAGAGUAUAUAGGAUAAAAUUAAUUACAUAAGAUAAAGAGGAUGUUUGAGUGGAGUAGAGAAGAUAAUAUAAUAAGCAAAAUAGUGUUCGGUUGUUUGUAAUCAGUUGAUAGGAUAAAUAGAAUAAUCAUUAAUGAGUGAAUAAUAAUAAGAUUAAGAUAAUAGAAAUAAAUUUGGUGCUAAAUGGACAAGAAGUCCAUCAGCUUAAUUAAAUUAAUAAUACUUCAAUUCUUUAAAAGAUCUUAAAGCUAAAUACUUAUAAGCAUAGAAGAUUGAUUUUGAUGUUAUAAAUGGUUUUGAGAAAAAUCGAGAGGCAGUCAUACUUGCUGCCUAAACAGAUUAAAUUAUUAUUUAAUAACUUCCAAAGAAUAAUAAUAAUUCAGAUUUUGUUAAUUAAAAUGCUUAAUAUUUUGGAUAACUUACAUCUUUAGAUUAAUAAGUCAACUUUAUUAUAGAUUAAUUAAAAUCAAUUAUCUAACAAUAUAAUUAAACUAUGCAACAGACUAAUUUUACAAAGUUUGCUAUAAAUGGAUUAAAUGAUGGAAUACCUAAAGAAUAAAUAUUCAAUGCUUCUCUUUAAGAUGUUCAAGGACAUAUUGAAUAAUUUAACAAUAAUGUAAAUAUUUAGGAUAUCUUUUAUUAGAUGAAUUAAGUCUCAGAAAUUAUUGGCCAAGUUUGUGGAAUUGCUAGAGAACUCUCAAACCUUAAAAAAUAAUCUGCUGAAUAAGUCUAAUAAGCUGGAUCAACUAAUUAAUUUGCAAGUGCAUAAUAAGCUAUUGAUAAUAUUGAUCAUUCAGUUGUUUUCUAUGAGUAUAUAGUCAAUUCUAUAUUUUAGACAAUUAAAAAUGCAUUUAGAAGAUUAAGAUAGAAAAAUCAAAGAUUACAUUGUUGCCAGAAAUAUUGAAUCAGAACAAUUAAUAUAAUAAUUCAAUCAAUAAUAAACAUAUUCUUAAUAAUAAACCCAAUCAGUAUAAUAACCAAUAUAAUAAUCAGGAUAUCAAUAUCCAGUCUAUCCUAAUAAUCCUUAAUAUCCAUAAGCAAAUCCUCCUUAAAAUUAUCAAUAACCAGUGCCAUUCCCACCUUAAUAAUACCCAUAAUAGUAUCCACAAUAGUAUCCAUAAUAAUAUCCAUAAUAAUACCCAUAAUAAUACCCAUAAUAAUACCCAUAAUAAUACCCAUAAUAAUAUCCAUAAUAAUAAAAUUAAGGAAUGUGGGGUCAAUAAUAGAAAAAAUGACAUAAAAAUUAAAUAAUUA